AUGGACGAGAUUCUAGCAAAGGCUGGAAGCCAAGCGGUAAGCUUUGCGAUUAAAUCGGGAAUAUCUAUUGCGUCGGGCUAUGCCAUCAAAACGGUGCUGAAGUUCCUCGAAAAGAUCCCUGAGGAGGAGAAAUCCCAUAUCGAACGAACCAAAAAGAGGUUGCAAACGCGAAUUGAGAUCGUCUCGACCGCGAUUGACUUGAUCAAACUAGUAGCUGCCAGGGGUAAUACUAGUCUCGAGAGCACCUUGAGGUUGACUAAGGACCUCAAGGAGGAAAUCGACACAUUUGACGAAACGGUCACACGGAUCAGUGGCGACAUUGACGGAAAGUCAUCUCUGAGCGGCCGCAAAACCGCGGUACGUGAAGUUGAGCUCUAUAUGAAGGACCUUCUUGAGCGUAUCGAAGAGGCCAUUCCGUUGAUCUCGCUAGCCUUGACCACGUCCGGGGCCAACUUGUCCGCGACUUUACCGGCCCAGGUCUCGCCAGGGCGCUUACUCCAAGCUUCGACUGUUGUUACCAAGUCCAACGACCAGUUCGAGGCAAGCCUUGCCUCCGUGCCGGUGGGCCCCACCUUCGAGUUCACCUACUUUUCCGUAUUCUACAACCCCGGUCGUGCAGCCUACGGGUCGUCUGAGGUGUCGUGGAAGGAGGAUAUCACCAAGUGCCAGGUACAAGUUACAAGAAAUGUUGCCAAGAACAAGGAAUACGCCUACACUUUGGAGUUGACGGAAGACUUUGACGACGGGAGGUACCAUGACGAAGAAGAGACGCCUAAAACCAUCCGUUUGGAUCUCUCCUGCAUCACCCGUCUCUUUUUUUCUGCCUCGGGCCAAUUGUUAAAGCUUGGCGAUAGGGACACCCCCGUGUUGGUAUUGAAGAUCAACCGCGACUUGGAAGCGACUGAGACCAGUUCUUUCGAGUGGGUUGCCUUCGGGGAGGUGGAUAUCGCGUACGGUGAUGAUGAUGACGAAGAGGCCAAGCCCCAGGAGACACAGGAUACCGAAUUCAAAGACAAGAUCCGCGCCGCGUCUCUAUCACUCUUUGAGUACAUUGUCCGGCUCUGUGCACUCCAGGCUAACGAUCAGGUAUCGUUGUUGGAGGUUAAUGACGAACGCUUGGCGGUUUACUUGAACGACGAGAACGCCUCGACAAGUGUCCGUCGCCCUGAGGAAUAUAUAGAGUCGCGUGAGAACACCUUGCGGAGGAGUCAGAAAGCCUCGACUCCGCCCACCAGCGAGCUGCUCUCGGCCAAGUUAGAGAAGGUGAAGUUAUCAGAUCUGAAACGUUGAUAAUAUUCCGGGAAGUUUAAUAAAAAAAAUUUGGCUACAUUAUAAGGUUUGGACGAUAUAAACAACGUCAAUUAACUAUAAUCAAUGGUU